CCGGCGGCGGUGGCUGUCCCGAAACUGGGCCGACACGAGCGGCCGUCCGGUACCCACACACGCACACACAAACGAACGCAAACGAACACAAACACGCGCCGCGGCACACGCACGCACGGGCGCCGCGCGCUCGCCGGCAGACGGUACGUACGCGGCGGGACCAGAGCUCGCGCAUGCGCACGGCCGUUGCGCCGGCGACGGCAGCUGUUCCGCGUGCACACGACCGGGGCCGGGACGGAGCCGGCCAGCUCGAUACCGCGCCGCGCCGUCGACGUGGGCCCCACGCGCGUGAACCAGUGCGAGGACGACCGCCGCCGUGUCGCGUUACGUACCACUGUGUUCUUCAGCGCGCGUGCGUUUGUCGGUGCGCUCGUUUGCCCGUCGGCCGGGCCUGGGUUUUGUGACCGCGCGGGUCCGGUGAAAAAGCCCGCCAAACGCGGUACCCGUAUCGCGGGUGACCGGACGCCGUGUGACACCGACCGUCGUCUCGUCGUCAUGGAAGUCAAGAAACGGUACAUAUGGUCCGACCGGGAGACCGAACACUUCAUCAGGCUCAUCAUCGACAUGGGCAUGACCAACAUGUUGGACAGCAAGAGGAAAAGAAAUUCAGAUCUUUAUUCCAGUCUAGUUGAACCAAUGGCAGCUGCAGGUUUUAAUAGAGAUGCGACGCAACUAAGGACCAAAUGGAAACACUUGAAACAAGAUUACAAAUUAGAAUUGGUGAGAAUUGAUAAAAACGGAGCUGCGAGUUCAAGGAUGUCGUACUUUCAUCUGCUUCACGAAGUUUUGAGCUGCAAACCAAGCAAUGCUAUGACUUACCUUUGUGAAGUUGUUUCGAAUUCUCCUCCGCGGCUCGACAUUGGAGAAGGUAUUAAGACUGAAUACUUAGAUGAUAUGAAAAUGGACACAGACUUCUACAGAGUGACCGAACCGCAAGUCGACAUCAUUCAGUCGUGUGACGCACAAACGCAGACGGACGGCACAACGGAACAGCACGUAUUGCAAAAGUUGCACGCGUUGGAAAACAGCAUCAACGUCCUAAGAGAAGACUGGCGGAGAGAUCGGGAGAUGCAAAACGUGCUGAUGGAAAAACACACGAGAAGGAUGUUGGAACACCAAAAAACGUUGAUGGAUCAUUUUUUUGCAAAAACCAAAUCGCAUUUAUUGAAAACCAAAAAUAAAGACUGAAGUCCGCAUUUUGAUGCGUCGCAGAACUCUGGAACUGCGUCGAUGUUCGAAACGCAAUUCUUUGUACCUCAAAGAACAUAUUAUUAUUAUUAUUUUAUCAUACUCAUAUUAUUAUUUCAAUAAUUUAUAUUAUAAUACAUACCCAUGUCUGUAAUACCCGAUUAUUUAUAAAUAUAUAUUUAUAUAUAUAUAUAUAUAUAUAUAUAUAUAUUCACGUAAAUGUUUAGCAUGUGUAAAUACGUUUGUACCAAAUUUAAAACUAUAUUAUAUCGUAAUAAUAAUUUUAAGACAGGACACGUUGCUUGAUAUGUAUAUAAUAAGUAAUAACAAUUAUCACUAAGAUAAAUAAAAAAAUGUAUUUGUGUCGUAUUA